GCUUACCCUGUAGCAAUACCUAGGCACUAGAUGGCGUGCAAUAAUGGGUUCUGGAAGGCUGCUCAAGCCUGGCGAUCCGACGAAUCCUGCUGCAAGAUAGGCGGCGAAAGGACCAGGCGGCCCACUCCAACAAGUGAUCGAGUGAUCUUGUGCUGCUUGUAACGUUCUUCAAGUUGUUGAUUUUUAGUGUAGGAGUUGAGCGUCAGCGGGUGUGCAAAGAAGCAAUGUCGAACGAUCUCAUGAGAAAUACCGUGGUGUCACUUAGUACUGGUGUGAGAUAUCGGUCAAUGUAGAAAGAUCUUUAUAAGGUGCCGAAGCUGUUCUUCUGCUCACUUGCGGCUUCAAAACAAGUUCUAGUGUUGAGGACCUCGACUGCUAUUGUCCUAUUCCGCCGGCAAUCCUAUUGUGAAGCCAGUGGUACGCGUGUGGCAGAAAAGCUACCUGUGUUGGCAAACUGUAUUCACUUCACUCUCACCGGCACCUGAACACCACCAACUCGUUUCAUUUGCUCUCCAUAGCGGUGACAUUACUGUGACUUUAGUCUAACCCACUCCGCACCAUGGGCGAAAAGAACAUUGUUGUGGUCGGCGCCGGUGUCGCCGGACUGACCACGGCAUUACUCCUCUCGAAGAAUCCACGCUACAAAAUCACCAUCGCCGCAAAACACAUGCCCGGGGACUACGAUAUCGAAUAUGCGUCCCCUUGGGCCGGAGCAAAUUAUAUGCCAGUCUCAGUAAAAGGCAGUGAAGCAGCCGAAUGGGACAAGAACACUUGGGGACCACUUGCAGACCUGGCCCAAAACCACCCCGAGGCUGGUGUUCAUUUCCAAAAGACCUUGAUCUACAAUCGAAAAAAGGACGUCUCUUCGGCCACAGCAGCAUGGUUCAGCGAGCUGCUGAGCCCAACACCUUGGUUCAAGGACGUUUUUGACGAUUUUCACGAAGUACCCAAGUCGGAGCUGAAGCCAGGAAUGGACAAUGCCACAUGCUUCACCUCUGUCUGCAUCAACACCGCCAUAUAUCUGCCCUGGCUUGUUUCUCAAUGCCUGAAAAAUGGCGUUAUAUUGAAGAGGGCCGUUUUCCAACAUAUUGCAGAUGCAGCUGCCCCAGGGGUGCAUCACUCGAACAGGCCAGCCGAUCUGAUUGUCAACUGCACUGGUCUUUCAGCCUCCAAACUUGGUGGAGUCGAAGACAAAUCGGUCGUUCCUGCAAGAGGCCAGAUUGUCAUUGUCAGAAACACAGCACCUGCCAUGUAUUCCGUUUCCGGGACAGAUGAUGGUCCGGAUGAGGCGUCCUAUAUAAUGACCAGAGCAGCCGGGGGAGGCACAAUCCUAGGAGGCUGUUACCAGAAAGGCAACUGGGAGUCGCAAGCAGAUCCCAAUCUUGCGAUCAGAAUCAUGAAGCGCGCAGUUGAAAUGUGCCCAGAGUUGACCGGAGGCAAGGGGAUCGAGCAUCUGGACAUCAUCCGACAUGGUGUUGGUCUAAGGCCCGUCCGAGAAGGCGGCACCAGAAUUGAAAAAGAGAGAAUUAAUGGUGUGUGGACAGUGCACAACUACGGAGCCGGUGGAGCAGGUUACCAAUCGUCGUAUGGCUGUUCACAGGCAGCAGUGAAGUUGGUGGACGAGGCUCUCCAGGAAAAAGCAAAGCUAUGAAAGGCGAAUCUCGAGAUGCCCCUGCGAUUCGAAAGUUCAACAGAUCGGAUCACAUAACGAUGGCAUCUGGAAGUCAACGAUCAACGACCUUGGCCGAUCCAUACUAGUAAUACGGUUUGAACGGUGCCGCGUUGACAGCGGAUUGCUUCCUCGGAUCUUGCUGCUGCAACCAUCCCCAGCACAAGGAUGCCCGCGUCUGAACUCGGGGCUGCAAGCUCAUCUGGUCUCUCAUCGUAACUUUGGUCAUCACCCUGGGUCAGAGCCAUACAAAAUGUUAACUUCCGAACACUCACUUGCCAGUAGCGAGUUGAGACAAGGACAAUGCGAUUGCUCUAGAAAUGAGAAACUGGGAAGGCUUCUUGAUCGCAAUUCGCGGCGUGAGCAGAAACUUGAACCUAAAAAAGUCGCUAAGUAACCCGGGGCCGGAAAUGAUCAGCAAUGCCUUCCGGAGCAGGGCUGUUCUGAGACAUGUGCUGGAAGAGGAAGCGAUCGAUGCAGGAACCAUUCGGAGGCACUCGCGAUCCUUGCACUUGCUACCGCUUAGCCACCGUUCGUUACCCAGGGAUUGGAAGUAGCUUCGACGGGGCAUUGUACAUGGCUCGGGUACCUGAUUAGUACCCUCAGAGUCCGUCGAACCACGGGCGAUGGCCCUAUUAGUACGGGACUGUUAGCUUCGCUGAUCCGAGCAGCCAUGCAAGUGGCUGAAGUACCUAUCGAAUAAGUUCAUCUUCGCUGUGAAGGGCUCGUACACGUCAUCGUGGGAACAUGCCUCUAAACCUAUGGCUGCGAUGGCUGGCCUUCGACACCCUAUGGCCCGA